CAGCCAGCAUAGAGCAUGGUGGUCAGUAAUGACGGUGAAGGGUCGGCUGUAGAGGUUAUGCUGCCGCACCCUGGGUCAAGACCCCGGGAGCCGCCGAUGGUGCCUCCAGCAACAGCCUCGCUGUGUCCCCCCAUAGCGCCACCAGGUGCUGUUCUGUUGUUGCCACCCAGAGGGUUUCUGCAGGCUGGCAGGCAACAAAAGCGCCGGUGUGAUGACCAGGAGGAGGACAGGCCCCAGGUGAAGCGGCGUUUCCCCGGAGCAGACCAGCAGGGCCAGGACGAAUGGGUGUCAGUGUCUGCAGCCUUGUGGUCCCACUACCAGGUGCACCGGCAUACCGAGGAGCUGCUGAAACGAAAACUGGAACUGCGCGAGCGCCUGCACGCAAAGCUACGGACCCUUUUCCCAUUGUGCGGCCUGUACAUUGUGGGAUCCUCACUGACUGGCUUUGGGUCCAACACAAGUGAUGCUGACAUGUGCCUCAUGCUCACCAAAGACCAGGUUGACCAGCGGCAGCAAGCAACGGCCAUUCUUAGCCACGUGGCCCGCCUUUUGGCCAGGACAGGCUGGUGCGUGGGCGGUCGACCACAGGUGAUCCAUGCCAAAGUGCCCAUUCUGCGCUUCUGCGAUCGCACCACGGGUGUCGAGGUGGACAUGAAUGUGAACAAUGUGGUCGGGUUACGCAACACGCGGCUGCUGCAGUGCUAUGCGCAGCUGGACCCAAGGGCAGCACCCCUUGUGCUGGCUGCCAAGGCAUGGGCCGCCGGACACCAAAUCAACGAGGCCAAGCACGGUACCCUCUCAAGCUACUCGCUGGCCCUCAUGGUCAUCCAGUACCUGCAGUGUGGCUGCGAGCCGGCCGUUUUGCCAAGCCUUCAAAAGAUGCAGCCAAGCAGGUUCCGCAGUGACGGGGAUGUGCGGUUGCUGCGGUUGGGCGAGGACCUGCCGCCCUGGUGCUCUGCCAACACACAGAGCCUGGGCGCACUCUUUGUGGGAUUCGUCGACUACUUUGCCAACCGGUUUGGCUUCUCGCGCAGCUGUGCCUCGGUGCGGCUGGGUGCACCAAUUAGCCGGACGGAGGUGGUCGGUGCAUCUGGCACGGCGCGCUCCCAGUGGAAGUACAUCUGCAUCGAAGAACCCUUUGACCGGUCCAAUACAGCUCGGGCAGUGUACAACUGGGACACUUACCAGCAGAUUGUGCGUGCCUUCCACAACACCCUGGAGUGCUUGCAGAGCAGCCGCAGCCCCGAAUGCCUCCUGCUGCCUCGAGGGACCACUACUGUACAGCAUGUGUCAUAAUGUCUACAGAUGGAAAAGAAAAAUUUUUCAUUUGUUUU